UGAAAAGAUACGAGAAUGUUGUGUAUAGUUGUAUAAUGUGUAACCUCAAAAUAAUUGCCGCUUAAUUAUUUUAAGAAAUUCCUCUGUGAAGAUAAUUCUGAGAAAAAUUGACUUUGUCUCGAUAAAAUGUCGGCGAAAAGGAAGAACGAUACGCAAGUGCCAGCCGAGGAGAGUGACUUGUUAUCGAUCCGCCCGCUUGGCGCGGGCCAGGAGGUCGGCAGGUCGUGUAUCAUGUUAGAAUUUAAGGGAAAAAAGAUUAUGUUAGACUGUGGCAUACAUCCCGGUUUAUCGGGUAUGGAUGCUCUUCCGUUCGUCGAUCUAGUCGAGGCCGAUGAGAUCGAUUUACUAUUAAUUUCUCAUUUUCAUUUGGACCAUUGCGGUGCACUGCCUUGGUUUCUCCAAAAGACAAGCUUCAAGGGUCGUUGCUUCAUGACGCACGCCACCAAGGCCAUUUAUCGCUGGCUAUUGUCGGACUACAUCAAAGUGAGCAACAUAGCCACCGAGCAGAUGCUGUACACGGAAUCUGAUCUGGAGACUAGUAUGGACAAGAUAGAAACGAUCAACUUCCACGAGGAGAAAGAUGUGUUUGGGAUCAAGUUCUGGGCGUACAACGCUGGACACGUAUUGGGCGCCGCUAUGUUCAUGAUUGAGAUUGCUGGCGUGAAGAUCCUGUACACUGGUGACUUCAGCCGGCAAGAGGACAGGCACUUGAUGGCUGCCGAAAUCCCAAACAUUCAUCCAGACGUUCUGAUUACAGAAUCCACUUACGGCACUCACAUUCAUGAGAAGAGGGAGGAUCGAGAGGGUAGAUUUACAAAUCUUGUGCAUGAGAUUGUUAAUCGUGGCGGUCGAUGCUUGAUACCUGUAUUUGCAUUGGGAAGGGCACAGGAACUCCUUCUCAUCUUGGAUGAGUAUUGGAGCCAGCAUUCGGAACUGCAUGAAAUACCGAUCUACUAUGCGUCUUCAUUGGCGAAAAAAUGUAUGGCCGUUUACCAAACAUAUGUAAACGCCAUGAACGACAAGAUCAGGCGACAAAUAGCCAUCAACAAUCCAUUCGUGUUCAAGCAUAUAUCAAAUUUGAAGGGGAUAGAUCAUUUCGAGGAUAUCGGGCCGUGCGUGGUGAUGGCCUCACCCGGCAUGAUGCAGAGCGGUUUGUCAAGAGAGUUAUUCGAGUCUUGGUGUACAGACGCGAAGAACGGUGUCAUAAUAGCCGGCUACUGCGUGGAGGGUACACUGGCCAAGACUAUUCUGUCGGAGCCGGAAGAGAUCACGACUAUGUCCGGGCAAAAGCUGCCGCUAAAGAUGUCUGUCGAUUAUAUAUCGUUCUCUGCUCACACGGAUUAUCAACAAACAUCAGAGUUCAUACGUACUUUGAAGCCGCCGCACGUAGUGCUGGUGCACGGUGAGCAAAACGAGAUGGGCCGAUUGAAAGCAGCGUUACAACGAGAAUACGAAGAUGAUCCGAACACUACCAUGGAGAUACACAAUCCACGAAAUACGGUAGCGGUGGAGCUCUACUUUAGGGGUGAGAAGACCGCCAAGGUAAUGGGCACGCUGGCAAUGGAGACUCCUAAACCAGGACAAAAGUUAUCAGGCGUGCUGGUUAAGAGAAACUUCAAUUAUCAUAUGCUGGCUCCUUGCGACUUGUCCAAGUACACAGACAUGAGUAUGAGUCAAGUUAUACAGAGGCAGAGUGUCUACUUCUCCGCGUCGUUGCCUGUGCUGAAGCAUCUGCUGACGCAGAUAGCCGGUAAUCUGGAGGUCGUAGACGACAAGAAGCUGAGGGUGUUCAAGAACGUUGAUGUCACGAUCGAUGGCAAAAUCGUCACGAUGGAAUGGAUAGCGACGCCAGUCAACGAUAUGUAUGCGGAUUCCGUUCUAACGGCGAUACUGCAGGCCGAGAUAAUGGAUCAGUCGCCGAAGAUACUGCCCGCGCCCACCAAAAUGGACCGGAUGCACUUCAAGGAAUGUCUCAUAGAGAUGCUACAGGAGAUGUUUGGCGAGGAUUCCGUACCCAAGAUAUUCAAAGGCGAGAAACUCUACGUCACGGUGGAUGGUAAGAAGGCGCAUAUAGACUUGUUGAACUUGGAAGUGACUAGCAAAGAGGAUGAGACUUUUCAGCAGAUAGUGCAAACGGCGGUAACGAAGCUGCAUCAAUCGUUAGCGCCGCCUUGCGAUGUAAUUUAGUGCACAAAUAUAUAUAUAUAUGACAUCAUUUUAAUAAAAAUUAUUUUAUAUUGUUAAGAA